GGAUAAAUAAAGUGUUGAUCAGUCUCUUGUUGACUCCCCACACCCACAGAACACGCUAGCUAGCAGUAGGCCGGAGAGUUGACUAGGACGGGGCAGCGGUGGCGACCAGAAACGCAGAAUAGGAGGAGGACGUCCCCAAAAAAGAUCAAAAGUCAAGCCGAGAAGCCACCGGAAAACUCCACUAAGAGUAAAUUACAAAAAGAAAUUAAAAAAAAAAGAGAUUAUCCAUAUAUAGUUUUUUUGUCAGUCAUGUAAUGGUAGUAUCAUUAAGUAAGUGGGGUGGUUUAUUAAGAAGGUCAGGUGGCAAAAGCCGCAAAGACUUGGCUGCUUUUGCUUCCAGCUGCUGCCGCCUUGCUCGGUAGACCCGGCGCCCCAAACCUACCUAAUCGGGGCUUCUUUCGAUUUUAGGCGUAGAAAUGGGGAAGUGGUGGCGGUGCGAUAUCCGCUAUCUUCUCCUGCUUGCUGUGAUCCCUUUCAUCUACGUCCAGAUGCGGCUCUUUGGCACCCAGACUGACUAUGCUGAUCGUCUUGCUGCUGCUGUAUGUAGAAGCAGAAAACCAUUGCACUAGCCAGACACGAUUACUGAUUGAUCAGAUUAGCAUGCAACAAGGAAGGAUUGUGGCCCUUGAAGAAGAAAAGAUGCGUCAGGACCAGGAAUGCAGACAAUUGAGGGCACUUGUUCAAGAUCUUGAGAGGAAGGACCUGAAGAAGUUAAUUAGCAAUGUGCAGGUGCCAGUAGCAGCCGUUGUAGUAAUGGCUUGCAAUCGUGCUGAUUACCUUGAAAGGACCAUCAAAUCUAUCCUGAAAUAUCAAAAGUCUGUCGCAUCAAAAUUUCCUCUCUUCAUAUCACAGGAUGGUUCAGAUCCAAAUGUUAAAAAUAGGGCUUUGAGUUAUGAUCAGCUGACAUACAUGCAGCACUUGGAUUAUGAACCUGUCCACCCAGAUAGGCCUGGGGAGUUAAUUGCCUACUACAAGAUUGCACGUCAUUACAAGUGGGCAUUGGAUCAAUUGUUUUACAAGCACAAUUUCAGCCGAGUCAUCAUACUUGAGGAUGAUAUGGAGAUUGCCCCAGAUUUUUUUGCCUAUUUUGAGGCUGGAGCAAUGCUUCUUGACAGUGACAAGUCAAUUAUGGCUAUAUCUUCGUGGAAUGACAAUGGGCAAAAGCAGUUUGUGCAAGAUCCUUACGCGCUCUACCGCUCAGACUUUUUCCCGGGUCUUGGAUGGAUGCUUUCUAUAUCUACAUGGGAUGAAUUAUCUCCAAAGUGGCCAAAGGCUUACUGGGAUGAUUGGUUGAGACAAAAGGAGAAUCACAAAGGUCGACAAUUUGUUCGACCAGAAGUGUGUAGAACAUACAACUUCGGUGAGCAUGGGUCUAGUUUGGGGCAAUUCUUCAAGCAAUAUCUUAAACCUAUUAAGCUGAAUGAUGUACAGGUUGAUUGGAAGUCUAUGGACUUGAGCUAUCUAAUGGAGGACAAGUAUGUCAAGCAUUUUGCUGAACUGGUUAAAAAUGCUAAACCUGUGUAUGGAGCUGAUGCUGUUCUAAAAGCAUAUAACAUAGAUGGUGAUGUGCGCAUUCAGUACAGAGACCAAAUGGAUUUUGAAUUCAUUGCCCGCCAAUUUGGUAUUUUUGAAGAAUGGAAGGAUGGGAUACCACGGGCUUCGUAUAAAGGAGUAGUAGUUUUCCGGUAUCAAACCCCAAGACGUGUAUUCCUUGUCGGUCCUGAUUCCCUCCAGCUGCUUGGGAUUGGACGCACCUAGAGUUUUGUAGAAGAGGACACGAUUUUCGGAUAAAGUGGGUUUAGUGAUGUGAAAAAGAUUCCUAUAAAAGCAUGCAGAGGCAUUAUGGGCAGUUUAUCGUCCAAUUCACUGUAAGGAGUGUGUGACUGGAGCUUACAAAGUUAAGUUUUUUUUUUUCCCUAAAACUAUCACACAGGAUAGUCAAAAGUACCAGUUUGCUACCAACAGAUGCAUUUUCGAGUGGAGAGGAAGAUGAAUUGCGACCAUCCCCCUAUAUGAGCCCCUUCCUCCCUCCUUAGUAGUGUAGACGGGUGGUCGUUACUCUUUUGUAGAUUAUAGUACUGAGUAAUUAAAUGGACACAUACUGUUAAUAGUUAAAGACAGUUCAGUACCCAUAACGAAUCCUAAAACAUUUUUUUGCCUAAGCUGCAUAAAAUUUCACUUGGAUUGUGAUUCUAUA